UGCAGGCGCGUACACCCUCUGCAGUCACAGCUACUCUUUAUCAUGUAUGACAGCCAUGCUCCGCAGCUUCUCCUGUCUAUAUUCCUCUUCUGUUUCGGAGUGAAGGCGAUGACUGACCACUCCUGUUUUAACACGGACUUAGUGGACAUGGUGGUCCCCGUGGAGCUCUCUGGAGAGGAGGCUCACCUGUUGCAUGACUCAUCCAGGCGCAGCGCGCGUCGGCGCGGCCAGCGCUCUGUCGAUUCCCGGGGUGGACUAAACUCUGUGGAGGACACCUUGUUUUUAUCUUUACCUGCGUUUGGAAAAGACCUGUACUUACGCCUGAAAAGGGAUGCCGCUUUUCUGUCUGAGGGGUUUGUGGUCGAGGAGAGGGGAGGCGAAACAGACCCCCCUAAAUGGUCGCACCUGGCCAGAGACCAGCUCUGCUUCUACUCGGGAUGGAUUGUCAACCACACUGACUCUUUUGCCUCCCUCAACACCUGCAGCGGUCUGACUGGACUGGUCUAUACAGGAGAGGACAGUCUCUUCAUCCAGCCGGUCAGCAGUUCUUCCGACUCCUUUUCCGGGCUGCAGCACAGGGUGGUCCGACACCGCCGCUCAGCCAAGACCAGCCCUCCUUCUGCCCCUCCCCCUGGAUCCACAGCUGAAGAUAAGCAGCCCAAGGACUGCGGCACCAUUCCAGAGAGAAGGAGGAACACCAUCCAUCUGAAUGGGUUGUAUACGGUAGAGACGGUGGUGGUGGCAGACUCAGACAUGGUGCAGUACCACGGGGCAGAGGCCGCGCAGAGAUUCCUGCUCACCGUCAUGAACAUGGUGUACAACAUGUUUAACAGCAAGAGUCUGGGCGUCAGAAUCAACAUACGGGUCACCAAGCUGGUCCUGCUCCACAACCGCCCAGACAAGCUGAAAGUGGGCCACCACGGAGAAAGGUCCCUGGAGAGCUUCUGUCAGUGGCAGUGGGAGGAGUACGGUGGCCCCCGUUACUUAGGCAACAAUUACGUGCCCGGGGGCAGGGAUGACAUCCCACCUGUGGACACGGCCGUGCUCGUCACUAGGACUGACUUCUGCGUGCACAAAGACCAGCCCUGUGACACAGUGGGUAUUGCCUAUCUGGGAGGGGCGUGCAGCUCCAAGAGGAAGUGUGUUCUGGCCGAGGACAACGGACUCAACCUGGCCUUCACCAUAGCCCACGAGCUGGGACACAACAUGGGGAUGAGCCACGAUGACGACCAUGCUACCUGUACAGGCCACUCCCACAUCAUGUCUGGCGAAUGGGUGAAGGGCCGUAACCCCAGCGACCUGUCAUGGUCCCCCUGCAGCCGUGACGACCUGGAGAAGUUCCUCAGGUCCAAAGCCAGCAGCUGUCUGCUCCACACAGACCCCAGAAGCCGCUACAAGGUCCGCCUGCCACCCAAGCUGCCAGGCAUGCACUACAGUGCAGACGAACAGUGUCAGAUCCUCUUUGGAACCAACGCCACCUUCUGCAAUGACAUGGAGCACCUGAUGUGCGCGGGCCUGUGGUGUUUGGUGGAAGGAGACAAGUCCUGUAAGACCAAGCUGGACCCUCCUCUGGACGGCACAGAGUGUGGAGCUGACAAGUGGUGCCGGGCAGGGGAGUGUGUAAGUAAAAGCCCUAUCCCACAGCAUGUGGAUGGGGACUGGAGCAUCUGGAGUCAGUGGAGCCAGUGCAGUAGAACCUGUGGCACCGGAGCCCAGUUCAGACAGAGGAAAUGUGACAACCCGCCGCCAGGUCCUGGUGGUAGUAACUGUCAGAAGGCCAGUGUGGAACAUAAAGUGUGUGAAGGUCCUCCCUGCCCUAAAGGAACACCCAGCUUCAGAGAGCUGCAGUGUCUCUCCCAUGACCGCCAGGCCGGAAAGAAGAAGAACAGCAUAUGGACCGCAGUCAAUAACGAUGAGAAGCCAUGUGCCCUGUUCUGUUCCCCUGUGGGGAGAGAUGCCCCCAUCCUGGUGGCAGAGAGAGUGAUGGAUGGAACACCAUGUGGACCCUACGAGUCAGACCUGUGUGUCAAUGGCAGGUGUCAGAAAAUCGGCUGCGAUGGCAUCAUCGGCUCGUCAGCCAAGGAGGACCGCUGUGGGGUGUGUAACGGAGACGGACACUCCUGUAAGAUAGUCAAGGGAGACUUCAACCACACCAAGGGCAGGGUCUCCUCUAGCCACUGUAAGAGGGUUUCUACCUGUGUGAUGGCAAAACCAAGGGCUGUCCCCAAGUGUUUAUCAUGUUACAUCGAGGCUGCUGUCAUCCCCGUUGGUGCUAGGAGAAUCAAAGUUGUGGAGGACAGGCCCUCACACAGCUUUCUGGCAAUGAAAGACUCUACCAAGAGGUCCAUCAACAGCGACUGGAAGAUCGAGCUUCCUGGAGAGUUCCAGCUGGCCGGCACUACAGUGCGCUACGUCCGGAGAGGACUCUGGGAGAAAAUGUCCGCCAAGGGGCCCACCAAGACCCCGCUGUACCUCAUGGUGCUGUUGUUCCAUGACCAGACCUAUGGGAUACACUAUGAGUACACAGUGUCUCUGAACGUAACUGAACGUGAUGAUGUCAGUGAGGAGCAGAGAGCACCAGAGCACCUCUACCUUUGGACACACAGUUCCUGGCAAGACUGCAACGUACAGUGUGGAGGAGGUGAGAGGAGGACAGUGGUGUCCUGUAUGAGGCUGGUCAAUAAAAGCAUGACUCUGGUGAAUGACAGCCUCUGCCAACCAGAGAACAGGCCGUUACCCCAAGUACGACGCUGCAACUCACACCCCUGCCAGUACAGGUGGGUGACAGGGGAGUGGGGCCAGUGCUCGGUGACGUGUGGGAAGGGUCUCCAGCUGCGUGAGGUGGGCUGUGUGUACCAGCUGCAGAACGGAUCCCUUAUCCACACACGGGACUUGUACUGCCAGGGGGGCAAACCCCCCGCCCUGCAGGGCUGCGAGGGACGCCACUGCCUCACUGCCUGGGAGGCCUCUGAGUGGUCCAAGUGUUCUUCAGACUGUGGCAGUGGGGUCCGUCGGAGGACAGUGAGGUGCACCAACCCCCAGGGGAACUGUGACCCCCUCUCUCAGCCUGCUGACCAGGAGCCCUGUGAGGACCACUCCAAAUGUUACGAGUGGAAGACUGGGGACUGGUCCAAGUGCUCGUCAUCCUGUGGGAAGGGCCUGCAGUCCAGAGUGGUCCAAUGUAUGCACAGAGUGACAGGUCGCCACGGUAAUGACUGCCCCGUGGUGUUCAGACCACCCACCUACCGGCCCUGUCACCAGGAGGCCUGCAAUGACAAAGUCAACGUCAACACCAUCACCUCCCCCAGAUUAGCUGCUCUGACCUACAAGUGCACAGGAGACCAGUGGACUGUGUACUGCCGUGUGAUCCGAGAGAAGAACCUGUGCCAGGACAUGAGAUGGUACCAGCGCUGCUGCGACACCUGCAGAGACUUCUACGCCAACAAAACACCCCGCAAGAGUUAAUGAUCAGAGCACUCACACACAUACUGUACACAGACAGACACACACUUCACCUAGGGCUACGACUUUAGAUGUUUCUGUAACACUU